AUGUCUUCGGCAUAUCGUGGCCUUCGGGGCUGCUUAUCGAUGCUCUGCCUCGGCCUCCUACUCCUCCUUCCAGCCCAAGCCUACGAGAAGUUGUCCGACGAUACUUUGAGAGCACUACCCCGACCCAGUCAGGACUUCGAUAUCCAUAAUGGCGCAAUUCUAUCACCCAUCCUUCAGACUCGCGUACCCGGCACCCCCGGUCAUGCCGCAGUCUUACAACAUUUCGUCGACUUCUUCCAGACGACUCUGCCGAAGUGGGAGAUCGAAUUUCAAAAUUCUACAGCUAAGACACCGGUCUCGAAUGGAAAGGAGGUACCCUUUACCAACUUCAUCGCCACGCGCGAUCCCCCGCAUGCUCGAGUAGGGGAUGUCGAGCGGCUGACCUUGGUUGCGCACUACGACAGUAAGCUAGAACCCGAGGGUUUUAUUGGAGCAAUCGACAGUGCGGCACCAUGCGCGAUGAUCAUGCAUGCUAUGCGUAGCAUUGAUUCUGCCCUCGACAAGAAAUGGGCGGAUAUGAAGGCUCAGGGGAUUGACCCCUCGCUCGAGGAACAGCGUGGAAUCCAAGUCUUCCUUCUAGAUGGAGAGGAAGCCUUCAAGGAAUGGAGCGCCUCGGAUUCUCUUUACGGGGCGCGUUCUAUGGCUGAAGCCUGGGAUCACCAAAUGUACCCGGCGAUGUCAACAUUCAAGACCCCGCUCUCGGCCAUUUCCUUGUUCGUUCUCCUAGACCUGCUGGGCUCAAAGGCUCCCUUUAUCCAAUCUUAUUAUCCCACUACCCAUUGGGCCUACCAAGGGCUGGGAACCUUGGAACAACGUCUUCGGUCAAUGAAGGUAUUAAAGGCCGGCUCUGGGGAACCUUGGUUUAUUGAUUCCUCCAAAGACUCUCACCAAAUAAACCCCUACGGCGGCAUUCAGGAUGACCAUCUACCUUUUCUGGCACGAGGUGUUGAGAUUCUCCAUCUCAUAGAUUUCACUCCUUUCAAGGGCUUCCCUCCCGUCUGGCACACGAGCAAGGAUGACGGAGAGCAUCUAGAUAUGGACACUACCGAAGACUGGAGCGUACUCGUCGCUGCCUUUGCCGCAGAGUGGAUGGAGCUGGAAGGAUACUUUGAUUUGCCAGAACAAACGUACAACACGCGAGAUGAGGAGCUUGAGGCGGAGGCUAUCCGUUUGAACAAGAAAACCGAGCUGUAA